AUGGGUGUUCCAGCCUUUUUCCGUUGGCUUUCUAAAAAAUAUCCAGCGAUUUGUGUUGAUGUUGAUCCAAGUGUUCCUGUUGAAUAUGAUUUUGACAAUUUAUACCUUGAUAUGAAUGGUAUUAUUCAUCCAUGUACUCACCCUGAAUAUAAACAAGCUCCGGAAACUGAGGAGGAAAUGUUUGAAGCUAUUUUCGAGUAUAUUGAUAAACUGAUGAAAAUAUUAAAACCGAGGAAAAUGUUAUACAUGGCGGUCGAUGGUGUUGCCCCUCGAGCUAAAAUGAACCAGCAAAGAUCAAGACGUUUCCGUGCUUCCAAAGAGUCAACGAUGAAGAAAAUUGAGAUUGAUAGAAUUAGAGAAGAAUUAAAAGGAAGAGGUGUCAUCUUUGAUGAAGGAGAAACUAAAAAAGCUCAUUUUGAUUCUAAUGUGAUAACUCCUGGUACUCAAUUUAUGAUUAAUUUAAGUAUCGCUCUUCAAUCUUGGAUUAAUAAGAAAUUGGAUCAUUCUUGUAAUGACGAAGAAUCAAAUUCUCUUUGGCAUAAAGACUUAUUGGUAAUUCUCAGUGAUGCUUCAGCUCCUGGUGAAGGAGAACACAAAAUUAUGGAAUAUAUUAGACGUCAAAGAUCAAAAGAAAGUUAUGAUGCCAAUUUAUCUCAUUGUUUAUGUGGAGCUGAUGCCGAUUUGAUCAUGUUAGGAUUAGCUACUCAUGAAUUGAAUUUUACUAUAAUUCGUGAAGAAUUUGUACCAAAUCAACCGAGACCUUGUGAUAUUUGUGGUCAGUAUGGUCAUGAAAUGAAAGAGUGUGAAGGUAAACCUCAUGAUCCAACUGAAGAAGUUCCCGCUUGUCCAUCGGAACCUGGAUUCAUAUUUAUUCGUUUAAAUGUUCUCCGUGAAUAUUUAGCACAAGAAUGUGGUAAAUUGGACUUGGAACGUUUUAUAGAUGAUUUUGUUUUCCUUUGUUUUUUCGUUGGUAACGAUUUUCUUCCUCAUUUACCUUCACUGGAAAUACGAGAAGGUGCAAUCGACCGAUUAGUUAGAAUUUAUCACGAUAUAAAUGAAAAAUUUUCUGAUAUAGAAGUUUAUCUAACUAAAAAUGGUAUAGUUAAUAUGAAGAGAUGUCAAUUGAUUCUAAAACAAUUGGGUCGUGCUGAGGAUGAAAUUUUCCAAAGAAGAGCAAAUAAUGAUGCUCGAUGGCGAAAUCGAGUGAAAGAAAAAAACAAAGAAUUGGCUCGAGCUAAAGAAGCUGAAAAGAGGCGGGAAGAGGCUUCUUCUGGUUACUUAUGGUUAACACCUCAAGCUAUUACCGGAACCGAUCAGACCACCGAUAAUAUGUCAAGAAUUAAAGCUUUCAAAUCAAUGUUGGUCACCGAUGAAGCAAAAAAUUCAACUCAACAGAAUCAAACCAAUAAAGGACCACAAAAAAGACGCUUUGAUGAUGUUGGCGGUAAAGAAUCAUCGUCAUCAUCUGAUAAUGAACCUGAUGAUGAUAUCUUAUUAGGCUCUGAAGGUUGGAAAGAUCGUUAUUAUUUCCAUAAAUUUGAUGCACCAAAACCCGAUGGUAUAAGUCGUAUCAUCUCCCGUGAAUAUGUACUUGGCCUUUGUUGGGUCUUAUUAUACUAUUAUCAAGGUUGCCCCGAUUGGCAGUGGUUUUAUCCUUUUCAUUAUGCUCCAUUUGCAUCUGAUUUUGUUGACAUCGAUGAGAUGGAAAUCAAAUUCAACAGAAAAUCUAGACCAUUUAAACCUCUAGAACAACUUAUGAGUGUUUUUCCCGCUGCUUCGUCAAGCAAUUUACCAAUUUCUUGGAGGAAAUUGAUGACUAAUCCUACCUCCAAUAUUAUCGACUUUUAUCCCGACAAUUUUAAGAUCGAUUUAAAUGGUAAAAUGCAAGAAUGGCAAGGAGUCGCUCUUUUACCUUUUAUCGAUGAAUCUAGACUACAUUCUGCUUUGGAAAGUGUUUAUCCUGAUCUCACAGAGAGUGAAAAAGAACGUAACUCUCUUGGACCUCAUCUUCUAUUUGUAUCUAGACACAAAGAAGAUGCUUUCAAAUGUUUAGAUGAACUUUUCGAGAAAAAAGUAGACAAAAUUCCAAUAUCAUCAGUUAAUUUCAAUGGGAUUUCUGGUGAAUUUCAAUUUAGUACAAAAUACUCGCAUCUUCAUAAAAGUGCUCGUUGUGUUGCAUUUUAUGAUCCAGUUUAUCCUGAAGAUCAUAUAUUCCCUGCAGUUAAAUUACCUGAUGCUAAACCGCCACCGAAAGUAUUGAAAGGUGAUGGUUCUGAUGAAAAGUUCAGACCAAUGAUUGGAAUGUCUCACCUUAAUCAAAGAGCCUCAUUAAGUAAUUCUGGUCAUCGAUUUGUUAACCAUCAUGCUCAAAACUAUCAAAGAGGUGGUUAUGGUGGUCAAGGGGGCGGAGGAUAUGGUGCCGGUGGUCAAGCUGGUGGUGGUGCCUAUGGCGGUGGAUAUAGUAAUCGUGGUGGAGGCUAUGGAGGCCGCGGAGGAGGUUAUAGUGGAUAUAACAACCCUUAUCCACAGCGAGGAGGAUAUCGGGGCGGUGGUAACAGUGUUGGCUAUGGAGCAGCAGCAGCAGCUGCUGGUGGUAGUCAAGGCGGUGGAGGAUAUGGAGCGGGCGGGCAAGCUGGCGGUGGUGCCUAUGGAGGUUAUGGUAAUCGUGGUGGAAGCUAUGGCGGUCGUGGAGGAGGUUAUAGCGGGUAUAAUAGUCCUUAUCCACAGCGAGGAGGAUAUCGUGGUGGUAAUAGUGGUGGCUACGGCGGCGGCGGUAGUGGAGGACCUUCUGGUGGGCAUAGUGGUCAUGGUGGGUCUUCACAGCAACGAAAUCAAGAUAAAGGCUGGAAAUCAUAUAGACAUUGAAAAGAUUCAUCAAAUAAUCACAGAGAUUAUUUUUUUCUGCUCCAUGAUGUGACAACAAUUUAAAAUUCUGUCAUUUGAUCAACUAAUCCACUAUCAAACUGUGUUUUAUCAUGAAACAUUCAAAACACAUCCACUUCACAAUUAUCACUAUCUAAAUUUUGUAAUCAACUACUCACGUUAAGUAAUUAUACUUAACCUGUAAUUAUUAUUGAACUUGAUGAGAUUUAAUUUAUUUAAAUUGUUUGUAUCUUUUUGCUUGUUUCUAUCAUCAUCUUGUAAACAAACAAUCAAAUUUAUAUUGAUUUAAAAUCUUCUCCAUUUUCAUAAUCACUAAAUCAAUUAAUUUAAUUAAACAAUCAACCUUUAAUGAUCCUUAA